AUGCAGAGUAUCGUGGCGGGCGCGAAUGUCAUCAUCUCGCCGGAUAACAUCCACACCCUCACAAACCUCAACAUGCUCUCCCCGGACGGGCAGUGCUAUAGCUUCGACCACCGGGGCAACGGCUACAGUCGCAGCGAAGGCGUCGGGGUGCUGGUGCUCAAGCGCGUCUCCGAUGCGAUCCGCGACAACGACACCAUCCGCGGCAUUAUUCGGAGCACCGGCUGUAACCAGGACGGCCACACGCCGAGCAUCACGCUGCCCAGCUCGGAGAUGCAGACCCGGCUGAUACGGGAUACAUACGCCAAGGCGGGGCUGAGUAUGGAGCCGACCCGGUUCUUCGAGGCGCAUGGGACGGGCACCUCGGUGGGGGAUCCGGGAGAAGCCAAAGCAUUAGGCGCCGCCUUCCGCCACGUGCGCACCACGCAGGACCCCCUCUGGGUCGGGGCCAUCAAGAGCAACAUCGGCCACAUGGAGGGGAGCAGCGGAGUCGGCGGGGUGAUCAAGGCGAUGCUCGUGCUGGAGAAGGGGCUGAUUCCCCCUAAUGCCAACUUCGAAAAGGUCAACCCCAAGAUCGACACCGACUAUCUGCGCAUCCGGUUCCCGAUGGAGAUCAUGCCGUGGCCGACCCCAGGGUUGCGGCGAGCGUCGGUGAAUUCCUUUGGCAAUGCGGGCACUAACUCGCAUACGGUGCUGGAUGAUGUCUACCAUUAUCUGGAAGCGCGUGGGCUGCGCGCGCGACAUCUUACCGUCCGGGAUCCUCCGGCGCAGGUGGACGAAAACCCUAACUGCCAGACAGUCUUGCCGUCAGCUACCAUGGCCGCGCCAGAGGCCCCGACCCGACCCAAGCUUCUUCUUCUGUCUGCCAACGAUGAAAAGGGCGUCCCACGGCAGGCACAAGCAUAUGUCGACCACUUUCGCAAGCACAAAGAUCCGCUCAGCCCGCGAUACCUGGACCAUCUCGCAUACACCCUUUGCUUCCGACGCAGUGCGCUGCCCUGGACCUCGUUCGCGGUAGUAGACUCGCUCGACGACCUCCAAAAGCUCGAUCAACUGAUCUCGCCAGCAAUUAAGUCCAUCGCCAACCCCAGCCUGGGCUUCGUCUUCGCCGGACAAGGCGCGCAAUGGGCCGGAAUGGGUCGGGAGCUGGUCAGCUUCCCUGCCUUCCAAGAGAGUCUGCAACGCUCCGAGAAGAUCCUGCGGAGGCUGGGCUGCCCAUGGUCGCUGCACGAGGCGAUUUGGCAGCCGAACGAGAAAUCCCGGUUAGACGACCCGGAGCGGGCCCAGCCAUGCUGCACCGCGCUGCAAAUCGCGCUGGUCGACCUCCUGCGAAGCCUCAACGUGAGCCCCGCCGUCGUGGUCGGCCACUCGUCCGGCGAAAUCGCCGCCGCGUAUUGCUGCGGCGCCCUCUCCGCCGACAGCGCCCUCAAGGUCGCCUACCACCGCGGCGAGGUUUGCCGUGUGCUGACGGGCCCCGACGCCCCUGGUCCGCGCGGAGCGAUGAUGUCCGUGGGUCUGUCGGCGCAGGACAUCGGCCCCUAUCUCGCUGAAGCCAGCGUCGGGUUCGCGGCCCCCGGACUGACCGUCGCGUGCAUCAACAGCCCGCGCAACGUGACCGUCUCCGGGGAUGUCGAGCAACUCGGGGCCCUUCAGACCAUCCUAGAUGCCCGCCAGAUCUUUGCCCGCAAGCUGGCCGUCCCCGUCGCGUAUCACUCGCCGCACAUGCGGCGCGUUGCCGAUCUUUACCGCCACGCGAUCCGAAAACUGCUCCCCGGCGCGCAACGCCUCCCCGCGAUCGCCAUGAUCUCCUCCGUCACUGGCACGAGAAUCUCCCCGGACGAGCUCCUCGACCCCGCCUACUGGGAGCGCAACAUGACCUCCCCCGUGCGCUUUGCCGAUGCCAUUGACACGCUCGUCGCAGCCGCCGCGCACCGCGUGCGCCGCAAGCUGGACCUCAGCCACCGCAACCACUUCCGCGUCGACAUGAUAGUGGAAGUCAGUCCGCACGCGGCCCUGCAGCGCCCGGUCCGGGAUAUCCUGCAAGCGUCGCGGGCCGCCGCGCACAUCCGCUACGCCGCGCUGCUGACCAAGGGGACGGACGGCGUCGCCUCCACCCUAGCGGCGCUGGGCGCCGUCAAGUGUCUCGGUGCACCGCUCGACCUGGCGCAGACCAAUACCCUGCAUGCGGACCUCGACUCGUACAUGGCCCUCCCAGACCUCCCAAGCUACGUCUUCGACCACUCCCAGCGCUACUGGGACGAAUCACGAUUGUGCGCGAACUACCGGCUCGGCGGACACCCCAAGCUCGACCUCCUGGGUAAGCCGGUCGUCGACUGGAACCCGCUCGAGCCCCGGUGGCGCCACUUCCUGCGCGCCUCCGAACUGCCCUGGAUCGAGGACCACAGCGUGAACGGCGUGCUCAUCUACCCCGGCGCCGGCAUGCUGGUCAUGGCGCUGGAGGCGGCCCACCAAUUGACCGCGGGGGAUGACACGGUAACUGCGCUCGAGCUCUCCGACGUCGCCUUCCCCAAGCCUAUCCUAAUCUCCCGCGAAGCGGAGGGGGUGGAGCUGCAGCUCGGUCUCCGCCUCGCGCGGGACUCGCAGUCGGUCCUGUCUCAGCGCGCGGAGUUCCGGCUGUUCGCCAACCAUCACGGGGAGUGGACGGAAUGCUGCCACGGGUUCGUGCAGACGCGGCAUUGUGCUGUUGCCACGGACCGGGCCCGUAACCGCGGGGGAAGCACGGCGGAGCUCGCGACCUGCCGCUCGCUGGCGGCAGAAAUGGACCGCACGUGUGCGUCCGAACUCGAUAUCAAGCAGUUUUACACGACGAUCACGCGCAGCGGGGUCGAACUCGGGCCCGCCUUUCAGCGCGUCCGGACGGCGUUUACCGAUCGUGCGACCCAUCGCGUGCGCGGCACGCUCGCCCCGUAUGCGUGGCCGGAAAGUGAGUUCCCGCAGCCGCAUCUCAUCCAUCCGACGAGUCUCGACGGGGUCUUGCAUCUCGGCUUCGCCUGUUUCGGGGAUACCCAGGAGGAUGCGGGGCUGAAGACGCGCAUUCCGACUCAUUUGCGGCGGUUGGUGGUGGAUAGGGCGGGGGUCAGUGCUCCGGAGAUGAAGGAAGUGGAGGAGUAUGUUUAUCGAGCGAUGGAGGACCGGCGGGGCGCGGAGUAUAGUGCGUUUGUGUUGGAUCCGACCAAAGAGACGGUGUUGGUGCAGUUUGAGGAUCUGCGGUUGACGACGGUUGCGGCCAGUGAGGGGAAGGCGGCGGAGCAGGGUCAGGGGCUGCAUACGGCCUUUCAUGUCGAGUAUCGCCCGGAGGUGGAGUUGCUGGGGGCUGGAGAGAUGAGACGGUAUUGUGCUGCUGGGGGUGAUGGCCAGCUGCAGCGGUAUCUAGAUAUGCUCGCGCAUAAGAACGGGGGUCUGCGGUUCGUGGAGCUUGAUCCUGGGGAUGCGGGUCUGACGAGGCUCGUCCUCGAGUGUCUCUCGGUGCGGGAUCAUCUAGGUGCGGUGCUCUGGCCCCGAUACUCGUCCUAUCACCUUUGUGCUCCCUCGGAGGAUGUACUUGCCCGGCGCAAGGAGGAGCUGGCUGCGUUUGCGCAGUUGACGUGGGCGGUGCUGGAUCCGGCAAAGAGCCCCGUCAAGCAGGGCCUGGAGGCUGGUGGUUUUGAUGUGGUGGUUGCCUCCACGAGCUGGGAUGUGAGCCAUCUGCGCAGCCUGCUCUCGCCGGAUGGGAGGUUGAUUCUGGUGGAGUCUGAGGACUCGGAGGGUUCGGAGACGCUUUUCGAGCAGCAGGAUGGGUUCUACCCGGGUUUUACAUUGCAGGCGGAUGAGCGCAGGGUGCACGUACACCAACUUGCGUCCAGUAUCACCCAGGGAGCCUCCGGUCGUGACAUCUUCAUCGUCCGUGAGGGCAACUCCAGCAGGCAAACUCACCUCACAACAGCCCUGAAGGAGUACUGGAAGCAGCAGGGCAUCCCCAACGUGACUGAAGGAGACCUCCAAGAAGCCACGCAGAUCCCUGUAUCAGCCGACACCGUCUUCGUCAUCCUCCUCGAGCUCGACGAUCCCAUUACACGCACCCUGACGCCCGACAGAUUCUCCCCCUUCCAAACCCUCUGCGCAACCGCAUCGCACAUCAUUUGGCCCACCUUCGCCGGCGGUUCUGCAUGGACCAAACCCGCCUUCGCCGACGUGCACGGCCUGACGCGCGUCCUGCGCAGCGAGUACCCAGCCCUAACCAUCACCGUGAUCGACUUCGACGCAGACGAGACCCUCAUACCCUCACAACUCGAAAAGCUCACCCGCCUGCUCUUCGCCCGCCACAUCAACUCCGACCCACGAAUCAUCGACUCCGAGUACCGCGAGCAGGACGGUAUCCUGCACAUUCCGCGCGUGACGCCCGCGACGCACACCACGCACCAGCUGGCUCAGCGAUCCAGCCCACGCACCACCCGCCUGCGCGCCCUCUCCGCCAGCCCGCCCCUCUCCCUCCACAUCUCCUCAAUUGGCAUCCUCGACACCCUGGCCUUCAUCGAGGACACGGCCUCCCCCACCACCCCUCUCGCUGCCGACGAGAUUGAAAUCGCAACGCGCGCUAUCGGCCUGAACCUCGUCGACACCCUUACAGCUCUCGGUCACCUCCCCGACGGCCCCUUGGGGCAGGAAUGCGCCGGCAUCGUCACCCGCACCGGCCCCGCCGUAACCCAGGUGCAGGUUGGCGACCGCGUCGCCCUUGCCACCGAGCACGGAAGCUUCAAGACCCCUUUUGCCCGGGGCCGCGUAGCCGUGCGCAUCCCUGAUGGGAUAUCCUUCACAACCGCCAGCGCCAUCCCCGCACAGGCCAGCACCGCGUGGACGGCUAUCCACCGGCUCGCGCACCUGCAACCGGAGGAAUCAAUCCUUAUCCACUGCGUCGCCGGCGGAACAGGACAAAUCGCCGUGCAGCUGGCGCGGCUCCUCGGGGCAACCGUCUACGCCACGGUCGGGUCUGCGGAGAAGAAGCAGCUCCUGAUGGAUCAGUACCAGCUCCCAGAGUCGCACAUCUUCUCCAGCCGGGACACCGCCUUUGCCGCGGGGAUUAUGCGCGCCACGAACGACCGCGGGGUGGAUGUUGUGCUUAAUUGUCUCACAGGCGAGGGCCUCCUCGCAUCGUGGAAAUGCGUGGCGGCGUAUGGCCGGUUCGUCGAGCUGGCAAGGACCAAUAUUCUCGACAAUGCGGCACUGCCGAUGUAUGCGUUCCGGAAGAAUGUGACGUUUUCGGCGUUGGAUGCGGUGGCGUGGCGCGCGGAGAGGGCGGGGGUGGCGUGCAGAGAUCUGGAGAGGGUGAUGGAGUUGGUGGGAGAGGGCUUGGUUCAACCGGCGUGGCCGUUGCAGGUACGUGAUAUCGGGGAGGUAAAUGAGGUGUUUCGGGAGGUGCAGCUGGGGGAUGCGGUGGGGAAGUUUGUGUUUGAGGUGCGGAAGGAGUCCAAGGUACAGGCGACGUGCGAUACCCGGCCUAGCUUCUACUUUGAACCGAAUGCUACCUUUGUGAUAGCCGGCGGACUGGGGGGGAUCGGCCGCGCGACUGCGCGCUGGCUGGUCGAGCGCGGCGCGAGGAACCUGAUUCUGCUGUCGCGGUUCGGGCCGCGUACUGAGGAAGGACGCUUGCUCGUCCAGGAGCUGCAGAAUCAGGGGGUGCGAGUUGAGACGCCCGCCUGCGACAUCACCGAUAAGACCCGCAUGCAGGAGGUGUUUAGGGGGCUGGCCGCACGGAUGCCCCCGAUUCAGGGCGCGUUUCAGAUGUCUAUCAUUGCGAGAGACUCCCUCUUCGACACCCUCACCCACCCCGACUGGCAAGUCGCCGUCGACUGCAAAACCACCGGAACCUGGAACCUGCACGCCGUCCUCCCACGGGGGAUGGACUUCUUCAUCAUUCUCGCCUCCGCCUCCGGUCUGGCCGGCAUCAAGGGCCAGGCGAACUACAACGCGGGCAACACCUUCGAAGACGCGUUUGCGCGGUGGCGUGUCGCGCAGGGCGAGAAGACUACAGCCCUUGACCUCGGCGCGAUGGUCGAUGACGGUAUUCUUAACGAGGACCCUAACUUGCUGAGCAAGGUGCUGGCCUACGGGAGUUUGGAGGGGAUUACCAGGUCGGAGUUCUAUGGGAUUCUGGAUUAUUAUUGUGACCCGGCUCGAGACCUCGGUGCCCCGCACGAGGCGCAGGUGGCGAUUGGGUUGGGGGUCGGGGGGAGUGGGCUGUUGGGCAGUGUGGAUCAUGCGAAGAAUCCGUUGUUGCAGCCGUUGAUGCUGGCAGCGGAACGGAAGGCCACUGCGUCUGUGGGAGCGGGAGGGGAUGUUGGAGCCGGGGCUGGGGCGAUGAGUCGUCAGAGAAAUCGGGAGAGGCUGGGGGCUGCGACCUCGAUGGAGCAGGCGGCUGAGGUGGUCAUGCAGGCGACUAUCUAUCAGUUGGGGAAGUCGUUGGUGGCGAUGCAGGAUGCCGGCGCGAUUGAUCGCGACAGGCCGUUGCAGAUGUAUGGGGUUGAUUCGCUGCUGGCGAUCGAGUUGAGGAACUGGAUUGUCAAGGAGUUCAGUGCCGAUGUGGCCGUGUUUGAGACGCAGGGGGCGUCGACGUUGCGGACGUUGAGUAUGUUGGUCGCGGGGCGGACGGGGAUUAAGCAUGAGUAUUAG